GCGUUCCUCCCGAAGGGCUGCAAAGUGGGAGACGACGACUGCAAAGGUGUGAUUCGUGCGCCAGACACAGCGCGAGCAUUGGGCCUGCGCGACACAGACAUGAAGAUUAUCUCGGCCACUUUCAACAUGGCGAUAGCCCCGAUCAUUCAGAUGACCACCUCGUCUGCGCAGAGUGGCUUCAUCGCUGGCCGCCAAUUUACAUCAACAGCUUGGGGCUUGAUACGCUGGCUCGCGUGGGGUCAUUACUUCCUGAAGCGCAUCAACGUAACCCAAUGUUGGUCGCGCUGGACUCCG